AUGCAGUUCACACCGCAACAACUUGUUGGUGCUGGGCGCUAUGCGCCUAUUACCCGCAUCGGUAAUUGGAAUGAGGACUUGAUGCUGGAAGAGGCUCGGAUGAAGGAUUUUACUCUACGCAAGACACAAGGAUCGCUGCUGGCUACUCACACACUUAAAGCGGCGUUCCUGAACCAGAAAGCACCUCGCUCUUUCGAUCUCGACAGCCGUAUCUGCUUGAAUCAAGCGAUAGCUCUAGGUCACCUCGAAUCAGACGCGGUGCUGGCGUGCAACAUCUUCGAAGAGACCCCGUCGAUCGGAUCGGACGAGUAUCUCGUCACCGCCAUGUCAUCGAACACUCCGGUAUCGCGCAAUACUUUCCGUCUAGUGUCACCUCAGACCUGGAAAGCGGCAGUAGCUCGUGGUGGCUUCGACCUGAGCGCCCCGGGAGAACCACUGCGCUAUGAUGAACCGUUUCUCAUCAUGUGCAAUGAAGCUUUACUUGUGGAUGACAAGAGUGUGUUACUUAAAUCUCCUCUGUUCCUCAAGUCCGGUCUGAAAACUGAACGAUCCAUGAGUCCCAUCACAUACAAACAGCAUGUGUGGCUGAGUACUGAAGCAGAUAGCGGCGCUCUUUGGAUCUGUGCCAAGGCAGAUUUGGCUGGAACGGAGAAACUACUCGCUGCUGGACAACAAGUUAAGACUGGGGACCGCAUUGCGAUCACACACAAGAUGACCGGACAAGCACUGUUCGCGAGUAGUGGCAGCAAACAGCCCACAGACUUUGGCGUGGAGCUCGAGGUUUGCUGUCAUUCUGUGAGAGGCACCGGUAAACGUCACCAUCUAGCAGCCGAAACGGAGGGGAUACGUACACCUGAUACGGAAGGACUUCACAACGUGAACAUUAACACUUGGACGUUCGUGCUGGCUCGAUCGGUUCACGAAGCUCAAGAUGAUCGCUCGUUGCCUCACUUUGCCAGCGCAGCGUCUGUCAUCGAGGUGCUUCAACGAUGCUUUGCUGCUGACAGCCUGUACACGUUCCGAACACUCCUUGUUGCCCUUACGCGGGCCGAUACUCGGGGAACAGGGCAUCUAAACCACGAAGAUGCCAAGUGGGUUAUUCGUCAGCAACACAGCAGUCUUCCUCUACGUGAUGAGCAUCUAGAUCUGCUUUUCGACAGCUUUGACAAACGUAAAACUGGUUUCUUUCCGCUGGCUGAGCUCAUCAAGGCACUGCGUGUUCCUAUCUCUGCCAGUCGCCGAACUCUUAUCGAUGCUGCCUAUGAUCGACUGAAACAACAAGCGCCUGAUGGACAGCUCACACUUAAUGCCAUUUGUGGAGCUUACGACCCGUCUAUCGAUUCGCGCGUUACUGCACAACAACUCUCCGGGAAUGACGCAGCUGAAGCGUAUAGGAAGCUCUGGCCGAAUCAGGAUUCAAACGCUGAAGUAUCUUACCGUGAUUUCACCGAAGUGUACUCGGACAUUUCGAUGGUGGUGGCGCAAGACGCACACUUUGAGCAACUGCUUGCAGAGAGUUGGAAAUGA